AAAUAGAGAUGGCAGACGGAGUCAGUCAGUUUGACUCAAGCCAUCGUAGGUAACGUUGUCGGCCGAGAAUCCGUUCAUGAAUUGAAAAACGGAGAACACUUCCCUGGUGAGGCAGCGUUAGUCCCCCGUGUGUCUCUACGGAUAGACGUACAAUCUUCCCACGGAUUCUAUACUGUUUUCUGGAUCAAGCAGGAAUUUGUGAUUGUUGUCCCUUCGUCUUGAUGAGAUUCACCCCAAACGGUGAAGCAUACAUCCAGGAGGGUCGUCGCAUCUGGGGGGUUGACUGGCGGUGAGAAGAGAAUGAUGCAUUUGAUUCAGAAGAAAUGUCCGGGGUUCCCCCCCGGUUUCCAGCUCCCCUGUCGACUGAAGGCGAGACGUGGGCGGCUAUUCCGUCAUGAGUCGUGCACAAUGCUGUUCUCCGUUGCACUGUGCCUGACGGCUCUUGCGUCCUUCGUUCCUUUCGAGUGCUCUACACGUCGGAUGCGCACAGCAUGGGCGAACUCCGUUCUGGGUCUUGAGACGGAUCCUGAAAGGAGUGGUACGUACAGCGGUGCUACAGAACUAGACAGCGGUGCUACAGGAGUAAACGACACAGCUCUCGACAUGGUGCGUGAUACAAAUGCCGACACACCAUUGGGAGAACGGGGCAAACGUCCAAGCGUCGCCGCGCGUCUUUCAAAGAUACAACUCUCCGGAAAACGUCGUCGAAUAGUGGCUUCUGGAAUCCUUGCAAGCAUCGUGCUUGCUGUCCUCCUCGGCACCAUCUUUCUCAACUCGGGCAGAAAUUUGCGUAAAGCAACUGCGCCAGCUUCAAGCGUCGGCAUCGCCAUGCAUGAUGAUGGACGGCUGGAAGCACAGGGGCUCGAUAUUCGCCGGUCACUUCGCACCAUUCACGCUCGUGAUGGCUUGAACCUCAUGUGUGUUGUUCCCAUCUUCAUGGAUCCGUCUCCACCAGGCUACAGUGGAGUUCUUGACGUCAGGAAAGUCGUGGACGCACAUAACACAAAGCUGCUUUACGGGUCGGAACCGAACGAAUCUUCGCUGCCAGAGAUGAAGAGAGAUAUGUCGCUGCUGCGGGUGACAUGGCUCUCAGACUAG